UCUCCUUAUGGUUGCAGAGGUAUCUGGGCGUGGAAGAGAGUAUGGAAAUCUAGACUCCAUUCCUAGAAUUUCACAGAAGACAGUGAGAAAGUAGGUUGGAUCUCUUGCACCUAAUGAAGGCGCUGCUUCCACAUCUGGUAUUGCAUCUCAAACAGCAUCUGGUGUACUGUCUGGUUCGGGUGUUCUAAAUGCUAGACCUGGGAGUGCAACAUCAUCUGGGUUACUUUCCCAGAUGGUAUCAACUAUGAAUGCAGAGGUUGCAAGGGAAUACCUGGAGAAAGUGUCAGACCUGCAGGAGUUUUCUCAAGCUGAUACAGCUGUAAAAUCCUAUAUGUGUAGCCAAAGCUUGCUCAGUCGUCUUUUUCAGAUGUUCAGCAGAAUUGAGCCCCCUAUUCUUUUGAAGAUACUUGACUGUAUCAAUAACCUGUCAACUGAGCCGAAUUGCUUAGAGAAUCUUCAGCGCGCAGACACAAUUAAGUACCUGAUCCCAAAUCUUGAACUCAAAGAUGGGCCUCUUGUAGAUCAAACAUGACUCAUGCAUCACGUAAUUCAAGAGAGCAAUUGAGGGCUCAUGGUGGAUUGGAUGUAUACAUGAGCCUGCUCGAUCAUACGGUUUGGUCAGUGACAGCAUUGGACUCUAUUGCUGUUUGCUUGGCUCAUGACAAUGACAACCGCAAAGUGGAACAAGCAUUGCUAAAAAAGGAUGCAGUUCAGAGAUUAGGGAAGUUUUUCCAAUGUUGCCCAGAACAACAAUUUGCGCACAUAUUGGAGCCGUUCUUGAAAAUUAUAACGUAUGAGCUUUCAUUUUCAUUUCUUAAUUAACAAUCUAGGCUGUGCUCGAGUUUAACUCACAAAUGUUAACCUGUUCAUCUAUUAAAUUGUGAAAAACUGGAAUGCUGCAGAUCCUUUGGGAUGCGUGCUACUCAAAUCAUCCGCAUUUCAUUUGUAUUUUUUGAAGGCAGGAAAUCAUCUCGGAUAAAUACGACGUUAGCUGUUAAUGGCUUGACACCUCUGCUCAUUGUGA